AAACACACAUAUAUAACACUGCACAGCAGUAAUUACAUAAAGGAGAAUCACAGAGGAUAGAAAGUAUUUCCGAUGUGGUCUUGUAAGUACUAAACACACCACAAGAUUAAAAACCACACAGCAGCAAGUUCAAACAAUACAAUCAACAUGUAACAGCAGACGGCGGCUUAACUAUCAACAUGCUGCUUUUUCUUGCUGAGUCAUAGUACGUCAAACAUACUAAUGGUCUAUGCCCUCCAGUAACCUGUGGGUUGAAGGAGGGGCAUACUAUAGUCUCAGUAGGCAGGCUUCCAUUGACUAUGAUACAAUGGAAUGCAUCUUGUAGAACAGAUCAAGUGAGGGAGAGAACAGGUACGGACGGGAAUCACCCCUCUCUCAGCUCUCAUGGCUCCACUUCUGCUCCUGUUGUUUCUUCUGUCUGAAGCAGUUUUUGUCAUUGUGGUAACAGUGCACCCUGGAGAUGAUGCCACUCUGCCAUGUGAAGCUGCUGAAUCCUCCAUCAGAGCUGUAGAGUGGACCAGAGACAUCCUGGAGCUAGAGUACGUCCUCUUUUACAGCGAUGGAUACUUAGAAACAGACGAACAGCAUCCAUCCUAUAAGGGCAGGGUGGAGCUGGUGGACAGAGAUCUGAAGGACGGAGACGUGUCUUUAACUCUGAAGAAUGUGAACAUCAACGACCAAGGAAUAUACGAGUGUCGAGUUGCAUCAGGUGGUUCAAGACGGAAAAAGAGAGCCAACAUCGACUCUGAGCCAAUCAGAACCAUCUGGCUGGACGUUACAGUCCCAGGUUCAAACAGCAGACGCCCCAAUGAUGGAAACUCCUCUCCUGUAGGCCUACAGGCUGGAUUGGGAGUAGGUGGUUCACUGCUUCUUGUAGCUGUUGCAGUGGUUUGUGUCCUGAUAUAUAAAAGACAUAAGGACAAGAGAUCAGGAGCGCCUGCAGCUGCAAGAUGAUGAAGCUUCGGCCGAUAAGUUCAUCUGACAACUCACAGUUCUCUUUACAACUGACUGCUUUCUCGUGUGUCGUAUAUUCAACUCUUUCUGUGGUUGUGAGGACAUGUGUAAAUCUGAUCUGAACCAAUAAUUUCACCCUUGCAUUAACUUACUUUUUUCAAGUGAAACUACUGGUACCGGUGCUCACGUGACCAAGACCAAGAUAGCAGCUUAGCUAGAAGGGUCCAAAUAAAACCCCUAACAUGUACUGUUAUUUUUUAACUUAACCUCAGUGUUGUGUCAAAACGUAUUGCAAUCACACAGUGGGGUAUCUUUACUCAAAGACUUAAGACUGGUACUAAAACUAAUGGUACUUUGCCAAGUCCGUCAAGGGUCACAGAAGCUAACAUGGCUAGCUUAGCCGAGGUUCUCAGUCAGUUGAAGUCACGCCGGGCUGACCAAAGUUGGACAAUAUCGACACCCGUCUGACUGACAUGGCGACCUCAAUGGAUACGUUGGACAGUAAAGUGACAAGAUGGUGCCCAGGAAGUCAAAAGCACUAACCCUCCUCUCCAUCGCCUCUCUCUAUAAAGACUUGAAAGUUCAAUAUUCUCAUGUAUAUAGUGUCACCUCAUCAUGUUUAUUUAUCUUGAUUGUUAUAUUUUACUAUUUAAAUGUCCUAUUUUGUUGUUAUUUUAUAUUUUACUAUUUCAAUUUUCAGUUUGUCAUGUCAUAUUGAGAGCUGCUAAACAGUAUUUCAUUGUUAAAAACAACGACAAUAAAGAUCUGUUUUAUUCUA